AUGUCUCUCGUAGGACUCUACAAUGGAGUGCUACUCUUCAGCAACCCCUCCUGGAACGGCGCCGGCACCGUCCCGGCGUCGCUGAUACGCAACAUUACCGAUGUCGCCCGGGAUCUUGGCUACGAGCAGCACAUAAAGCAGAACCUCACUACUCUAUCCACAAACGGCGCCCAAACUCUCAACGGCGUCAUACAAGGUCUGCUUUACGUUCCCGACAUCUCCACCGUCGCCUCGUGCAACGCACAACAAUACGACUUCAUCCCCCACAACGUCACCCGCAGGUCCCAGCUCCCUCCCGCAAACUACAACCUCAUCGCCCUCGCCCCCUGGUUCAGCAUAGAUUGCGUCCAGGCUUACCUCGCCGCGGCCCGUUUGGACCCCAUACGUGGCUUCAUCUUUUACAAGCCAAACAAUUCGACAUAUAAGCCGCAAGAUUCGGACUCUGCAGUAUGGAAUCUCGACGAUGGCGGCGCUUGGAAAGAAUCCAGAUUCCCCAUCUUUGCCAUUCCCGGCAUCGAGGGCCAGAAGAUGAUGACUCAACUGAGUCUCUAUUCCGGAACCGCCGAUACCGUCCCUCAUGGCGCCGAAAUCAUGCAGCGAUACGGCACAAACGAAAGAGACUAUGUUAGAAUCUGGGCCCAACUAACCAUGAGAGGGCCCGCGAGCCUGCCCUCGCUAUGGGUUUACUUUCUCAUCGUUAUUGGUGCCCUCCUCUUCAUUGUUGCCUCGGUAUCACUCACCAUGCAUUUCAUCCAGCGACGGCGCCGCACCUCUUUGCGCAAACGUGUCGAGUCUGGUGAAGUCGACCUAGAGGCUAUGGGUAUCAAGCGCCUAACCGUCCCUGCUUCUCAUGUCAAGGACUUUUCAUUAUUUACUUACACCAGCCAGCCCGAACUUGCCUACGACCUGUCCACGCCAAUUUCCGAUGUGCCAUCCACCAUGCCAUCCAACAAGGGCAGAAAGAAACGAAGAGGCGACCGUCAGAGCAACUCAUCCGCCACUGUCAUCUCGGACAGCGUGCAGACAAUGCGCAGCCAGCGUUCUGCCGUGACUGGAAAAGCCGAUACAACCGCCACCAAUUUCCAGCCUCGCUGUCACAUUUGCCUUGUCGAGUUUGAAGAUCGCCUGAGCAUCAUUCGCGAGCUGCCUUGCCACCACAUUUUUCACCCGACCUGUAUCGACGAGUUCCUACUCCGCAACAGCUCCUUGUGUCCCAUGUGUAAGCAAUGUAUGCUGCCGCGGGGAUAUAGCCCCAAGAUUACCAACGGCAUGGUCCGCCGUGAGCGUGCACUGCGGAAGCUUCGAGAACGAGUCGAGUUUGAUGACUCCUCGAUUGAAUCUGGCGAUGCCAAGUUCAAGGGCUGGGGCAGACCAGGUUGGGGCAAGCGCUUCUUCCAUUCCAUAUCCUCCUCGGAAGACAGCCAGGAUCUCCAACUAGAGAAGCGGCAGACUUCGUCACCCGAACGUCCCGGCGGAGACGAUUCUCCAAGAAGGAGCGGAAAUGGGAGUGACGAUAACGCUGGCGGUGAAACUCCCGAAGCUGUCCCAACAGCAGCAGCAGCAACAACGCAAGCACCGGCAGUUGCGGCGCCGCAGUCUACGACGGAGACUUUUGUCCCGCCCUCGGCUGUGUCCGCCCCGCCCCCGAAGAAGGCCCGCGCACGAAAGUCCAAAGCCCGACCCCUGCAUGUGCUGCCCACGCAGCCCGAAGGCUCAGAACUUCGCACAGGGUUCGCCGGCUUUGUUGGUCGUAGCAGUCCAUCCUCGUUUGCGCGUGAGCGCAUGCGGCAGAUUGCCAAUCAGAAUGCGCCAUUUGACGACCCCGAUCAAUCGCGUCCCAAAUGGCGCCGCGCGGUCACCAAGGUCUUUCCGGGGUUAUAA